UGUGAACAAGAUGUCUGUGAAAUGGCUCUCACUUCUCCUGCUGCUACAGCUGACUUGCUACUUUAGCUCUGGGAGUUGCGGGAAGGUGCUGGUGUGGCCAGUGGAAUACAGCCAUUGGCUGAAUAUGAAGACAAUUCUGGAUGAACUUGCCACAAGAGGUCAUGAGGUGACUGUUCUAACAUCUUCAGCUUCCAUUCUUAUUGAUUCCAACAAACCAUCUGCUAUCAAAUAUGAGACUUUCCCUACAUCUUUAACUAAAGAUGAUUUUGAGAAUUUUAUCCAAUAUUUUAUUGAGAAAGGGAAAAAUAUGGCAAAAGAUUCACUUUGGACAUUUUUUUCAACUCUGAAAAGUUUAUUUUGGGAAUAUUCUGAUAUUUGUCUGAAGAACUGUAAAGAUGUUGUUUCAAACAAGAAACUUAUGACAAAGCUACAUAAAUCAAAGUUUGAUGUCGUUCUUGCGGAUGCCAUUGGACCCUGUGGUGAGCUGUUGGCUGAAUUACUUAAAGUACCUUUAGUGUACAGUCUCCGCUUCUCUCCUGGCUAUUCAGUUGAAAAGCUUAGUGGAAGACUUACACUCCCACCAUCCUAUGUACCUGUUAUACUUUCAGAAUUAAGUGAUCACAUGACAUUCAUGGAGAGGGUUAAAAAUAUGAUAUAUGUACUUUAUUUUGACUUUUGGUUCCAAACAUUUAAUGAGAAGAAGUGGAAUCAGUUUUACAGCAAAGUACUAGGAAGACCCACUACAUUAUCAGAGACAAUGGGGAAAGCUGAAAAGUGGCUCAUUCGAACCUAUUGGGAUUUUGAAUUUCCUUACCCACUGCUACCAAAUUUUGAAUUUGUUGGAGGCCUCCACUGCAAACCUGCCAAACCCCUGCCUAAGGAAAUGGAAGAGUUUGUGCAGAGCUCUGGAGAAAAUGGUAUUGUGGUGUUUACUUUGGGGUCAAUGGUCAGUAACAUGACAGAAGAAAGAGCCAAUGUGAUUGCAUCAGCCCUUGCCCAGAUUCCACAAAAGGUUCUAUGGAGAUAUGAUGGCAAGAAACCAGAUACCUUAGGACCCAAUACUCGGCUGUAUGAGUGGAUCCCCCAGAACGACCUUCUUGGUCAUCCAAAAACCAAAGCUUUUAUAACUCAUGGUGGAACCAAUGGCAUUUAUGAGGCCAUCUACCACGGGAUCCCUAUGGUGGGCAUUCCUUUGUUUGCUGAUCAACCUGAUAACAUUGCUCAUGUAAAGGCCAAGGGAGCAGCUGUCAGAUUGGACUUCCAAACAUUGUCAACAACAGAUUUGCUCAGUGCAUUAAAGCAAGUCAUUAAUAAUCCUUCAUACAAAGAGAAGGCAGUGUGGUUAUCAACCAUUCAACAUGAUCAGCCUAUGAAGCCCCUGGACCGAGCAGUCUUCUGGAUCGAGUUUGUCAUGCGCCACAAAGGAGCCAAGCACCUGCGGCCAGCCGUCCACGACCUCACCUGGUUCCAGUACCACUCUCUGGAUGUGAUUGGGUUCCUGCUAGCAUGUGUGGCAACUGCUGUGUUUGUCCUCACAAAAUGUUGUCUGUUUUGUUGCCAGAAGUUUGCUAAAAUAGGAAAGAAGGGGAAAAGGGAGUAGCUGUAUCUAGGUUCUGAAGCAGGAAGGCCCCAUAGAUGGAAUUCUUCCAGUUUAUUCCAGUAGGAAGGAGUUAUGAAAAGGCUCCCAUCCUCCUGUGACUAAACGACUUUUCACACUUUAGCACCUCCCAUCAAAAUAUGUUUUCAAGGAAUUUUUUAACUGUUUAAGGGUUAGAUAUAUGUCAUGCCAAGAGGAAAACUGGUGAAAAAUUAAAUAAAAAUAAAACUGUAUGGGUAUAUAUUGAAAUUUAUUAUUUUAACUCAACAGUUAUACUAAAAUAAAUUACUGAAUAUAACAGUGUUUCACAUAUUGACACAAGAACAAUAAAAGUCUAUUCAUAGGGCUUCCCUGAUGGCGUAGUGGUUAAGAAUCCACCUGCCAAUGAAGGGGACAUGGGUUCCAUCCCUGGUCCGGGAAGAUCCCACAUGCCGCGGAGCAAUUAAGCCUGUGUGCCACAACUACUGAGCCUGUGCUCUAGAGCCCACGUGCCACAACUACUGAAGCCCGCAAGCCUAGAGCCCAUGCUCCGCAAGAGAAACCACAGCAAUGAGAAGUCAGUGCACCACAACUGAAGAGUGGCCCCCGCUCUCCGCAACUAGAGAAAGCCGGCACACAGCAAUGAAGACCCAACA